AUGGGUCUUUCUGACCAUUGGGUCAAUCUGAUUAAUCAAUGUCUUUCUGUUGUUUCUUAUUCGAAUUUGCUAAAUGGUAGUUCUAUUGGUCUAAUGAAAUCUAAGAGAGAUGAAAAAAAGGGUGGUAGAAGUCCUCUUAAUUCUGCAAUGAGUGGCUUUAAUGAUUUUGUUGAUGCUUGUGGAUUAAUUCAGGCUCCUAAAAGUGCUACAAGAGGGAUUUCUGAUCAUGGUCCUCUUAUUGGUUCUGACACUCUUAUUGGAAGGGCUUUAAAUACUCCUUUCAGACUGAAGAAAAUACUCAAGACUUGGAACUGGGAAGUUUUUGGAAAUGUUCAAGAAAACCUUAAAAAAGCUGAAGAAAAAGUUAUGGAAGAAACUAUAAAAUCAGAUGUUGAUCCUGCCAAUAUUUCUUUAUUGAAUAAUCUGGUUACUGCUAGAGGUAAUUAUGAAAUAGCUGCAAAUAAUUAUAAUACUUUUUUAAGGGAUAAAGCCAGACUAAACUGGAUUAAGGAUAGUGAUGUGAAUUCCAAUUUUUUUCAUACUAGCAUUAAAAUGAGACAAGCACAAAAUACUAUUUAUGAAUUGGAGAAUGAUUCAAGAAACAUUAUUACUACUCAACAGGGCAUUUCAGAGAUUUUAAUAGACUACUUCAAGAAGAAAUUUGAGCACCAGUCAGUUCAGAUAAAUGAAUCUAUUUUUGAUGUUGUGCCUCAUCUUAUUUCUGAAGCUGACAACUGUUUCCUAGAAGAAUGUCCAAAUGAAGAGGAAAUUAAGCAUGAUGUUUUUAAUUUGAAUGUUGAUAGUGCACCAGGUCCUGAUGGGUUCACUGGAAUUUUUUAUAGAGCAGCUUGGGAAAUCAUAAAAGGAAACCUAGUGGAUGAUAUCCAAUUCUGUUGGAGAUACAACAUAAUACCAAGUGGUAUGAAUUCCAACUUUAUUGUCUUGAUUCCUGAAAUUAAAGGAGCUAAAGCUGCAAAAAGCUUCAGACCUAUAGGUCUUAGUAGAUAUCUGCCAAAUCCUUUUUCUCAGCAGCAAUAUGCUUUUGUCAAAAAUAGAAAUAUUCAUGAGAAAAUUUUGUUAGCUUCUGAACUAGUGAAUGAGAUGUCAACUAUUAGAAGAGGGGGUAAUGUUGGUCUUAAACUAGACAUAUCACAAGCUUAUGACACUAUGAGCUGA